AUGUCGACCGCAACUCGCACUUUCACCCGCGCUCUGCGCACCUCAGCUCGGCCUGCGUUCACCGCUGCGCCCCGGGCCGCUUUCCGCCAGGGUGGCCGCCGCUACUACUCGUCGGAGCCCGCCGCGAAGCAGAGUUCGUCGACCUGGCUCUGGGUUGCCGGUGCUGCCGCUGUCGGAGGUGGUGGCUGGUUCUUCCUGAACAACCAGGGCUCGGCCACGCCCAAGGUCUUCACCCCCAAAUUCGAGGACUACCAAGCCGUGUACAACGAGAUCGCCAACCGUUUGGAGGAGAACGACGAGUACGACGACGGCAGCUAUGGCCCCGUUCUGGUUCGCCUCGCUUGGCACGCCAGCGGCACCUAUGAUGCCGCCACCGGUACCGGCGGCAGCAACGGCGCCACCAUGCGCUUCGCCCCCGAGAGCGACCACGGUGCCAACGCCGGUCUGAAGGCCGCUCGGGACUUCCUCGAGCCUGUGAAGAAGAAGUUCCCCUGGAUCACCUACUCUGAUCUCUGGAUCCUCGCUGGUGUCUGCUCCAUCCAGGAGAUGCUCGGCCCCAAGAUCCCCUUCCGCGCCGGUCGCCAGGACAAGGACGUUGCUGCCUGCACCCCCGACGGCCGCCUGCCUGACGCCGCCCAGGCCCAAGACCACCUCCGCAACAUCUUCUACCGCAUGGGCUUCAACGACCAGGAGAUCGUUGCCCUGGCUGGUGCCCACGCCCUCGGCCGGUGCCACUCCAACCGCUCCGGCUACGAGGGCCCCUGGACCUUCUCCCCUACCGUCCUGACCAACGACUUCUACAAGCUUCUCCUUGACGAGAAGUGGCAGUGGAAGAAGUGGAAUGGCCCUAAGCAGUACGAGGACAAGAAGACCAAGUCGCUCAUGAUGCUGCCGGCCGACAUGGCGCUGGUCGAGGACAAGAAGUUCAAGAACUGGGUCAAGGAGUACGCCGCCGACAACGACCUCUUCUUCAAGGACUUCUCGGCCGUCGUCACCAAGCUCUUUGAGCUGGGCGUACCCUUCAAGGAGGGCACCGAGAAGUGGGUGUUCAAGACCGUCAACGCCUAA